AUGGAAUCAGCGGGUGAUGAACGUCAUCACGCAACGCGUGAUGAUUUCCGCCAUUUGAGUGACCUCAAAUGGAAUGCGGUUCAGCGUAUGGCUGAAACCAUUGGCAACCCUGCCGUUGGUGCCAUGUUGCUCUUUCUUAGCGGAGACGACCAACAUGCAACCAUCGCCAAGUUCAUACAACAUGAACUUGACGAAGUUGUAAAGAAACUCACCUUGCUAGAGAAGCAAGGUUCUCAACAGGUUGAACUGUUGAGAGAACAAGGCGCUCAACAAGCUGACUUGUUGAUGCAGCAGGAUGCUCAACAGUCUGAACUGUUGAGACAACAGCAGGCUAGUGCUGUUGCUGCCGGGUCGACGUAUGAACGUCGACCCGAGUCCUUGAAGAUUGAUGUCUCCAAGUACAAGGCAGUCGAAAGCGACUCCUUGUUGAGAUGGUUCGUCGAGCUCGACGAUGCCAUUGAGGCUCGUCGCAUCGAUGACGAUGCGAUGAAGGUCAAGUUCGCCAUGUCAAACUUGGAUGGACGUGCCAAAGCUUGGGCUCGAGGGCUCAAACUGCACGACCCAUACGUUUUCCCAACGUAUGACGUCUUCAAGGCGCGGCUCAAACACACGUUUGAACCGCCUCGCGCCGAAUUCAGGGCUCGGGCUGAGCUCCUGAAUUUGAAACAGGGUAAGCGUGAUAUACACGCUUACGCCCAACACGUACGAUACCUCGUUAGCUGUAUCGUACUGAACCCAAUCGAUGAACACACGCAGGUUACUGUGUUCAUCAAGGGUACGACAAAUGGUCCUGUCAAGACCCACCUGUUCCGCUUGGAACUAGAAUCGCUGGAUCAAGCGAUCUCUGCAGCGGAACAGGAGGACUUUAGCCUGCAACAGGCUCACGUCCACUCGGGGUCCUAUCGUCCACCGAGACGACAGGAGGGCGGAGGUCCAGAACCAAUGGACCUCUCCUAUGUAGAGAGCGAGCGACCUCGCUCUCCAGGGUACAAGCGAUUGCAAAAGUGCAAUCGCUGUCAGAAGCUGGGCCACUACGCUUAUGAGUGUAGGGCCCCACGCCCAGUGUCUCGUAACACUGGGAGUGACGAUCGACCGUCUGCCAAGAAGGGCCAGAGACUAGGGGCGGAGCGCCCUACUGAUCCAGCAACGUCAAGAGAGUUCGCGGGACUCUUGACGAAGGUUGCUCCCAACACACAGUCACUGUGUGUUGCCGCUCCCAGUGAUGAGGUAUCCCUCAUCACAUUGAAGAUCGAAGUGACAAAGAACAUGUCACUUCGCGCCCUAGUUGAUUGUGGGGCUUCGAACAACUUUGUUCGACGCCAAUCGCUAGAUGAUCGUAGGCUCAAAUAUGUUACAAUAAAGAAACGUGUAGUGGGAAUUCACUACACGCUUAAAGGCAAAAAGUACAAUGAUGAUUUCAUCGUACUUGAUCUGGAUGACAAAUUUGAUGUCAUCCUAGGAUUACCAUGGCUCAGAAGGUACGAGCCAUGGGUCAGCUGGCAGCAUCAAACCGUGAAGAUGCCUGCCGCUUGUUCAUCAGAUGGCCAUCUGAUGAAUGUCUUGGAGCGUUCACAAGCGUGUGAAUGUACUACGAGUGAGUGUGAUGGCCUCACUUGUGGUUCGGUCGUUAGUACGACUGCACAAGAACUCAGCGUGACAGACAGUCACGCUGUGGAACAAGCUGCCGGCGGCUGUGCACAAGCACAGGCAGCGCCGAAGGUCCACCACUCGAAUAAGUCGAGUGGACCGGGACAUGAAUGCUCGCCUAGAGGGCAGCAUUCACCGAAGAGUAAACCGGUUGCCCAGAAGCGGCAACACGGUAAUCCUAGAUCAACUGGAGAGUUGAUCGUAGAGGAUCUCGCUGUGGUUGCGCCACCACAGCUAAAGGAAGUCGAUGGAACAGGUUCCAUCGAGCCUGCGGGAAUAAGUCCCCAGGAAAUAAUCACUGAGGGAAUAAGUCCCCAGUGCCCUGAGGGAAUAAGUCCCCAGGAAGUAACCGAGACGUUAAACGUCUUGGUUAAUGACGGAUCAAACGUAGGCGCUUAUAUGUUUGAUCUGAUCGCGCCUCCGAAGUUAACUUCGGAGAUAACUCAGUUGCCUACGCUAGAACCUAAAAGGUUCUUGCGUGAUCUGCGUAGUGGCAAAGUCAAGCAGAUCUGUGUGCUCGUCGCAGAGGACGAGUACAUGACUCACAUUCGGUCAGCAACAUUUUUUGCCGAGAACGAACGGGUUCUCAGCAUCUCCCCAAUGGACGAAAGUGUCCUUGUUGAGAAGACUCGAAUUGAACGAUAUACAUCGCAAUCCUGGGAGUCGCUGAAGUCAAAUCCUUUGUACAAGGAUUUGGUCGAAUUCAAGGAUGUAUUCCCUGAAUCCGUUCCGUGCGAGUUACCUAAGGAUAAAGGUACUCGACACGAGAUCGAAUUUGUUCCUGGCACAAAAUAUUGUGUCAUGAAGCAGUGUCCACUGCCUCGGGAACAGGUCGAGGCGAUCGACAAGUUCUUUGCCGAUCGCCUAGCAGCGGGCCAUGUGAGGGAGUCAACUUCACCUCACAUCUCUCCGACCUUCUGUGUGCGUAAGGCCACAGGAGGGUGGCGGAUAGUGCACGCGUUCAACAAGUUGAACGCUGCAACGAUACCGGCGCAAACGCCGAUACCGAGAAAGGACGUAAUCAUAGAUGGUAUGUCUAAGAGUACCAUCUUUUCGUCCAUGGAUCUGAUGGAUGGUUUCUAUCAGAUCCUAAUACGUGAACGGGACAUCCCGUACACAGCAGUGAGCACUCCCAGUGGUAUGCUCUGGAAAUGGUUGAUGAUGCCGCAAGGGCUCAGUAAUGCACCAGACACAUUCAAUAGAUGUGUCUCACAUCUAUUGAGACCGGUGCGCGAAUUCGCACCGAGUUACUUCGAUGAUGUGUUCGUCCAUAGUCGGGCUAUGGACGGGAAAACAGACGUGAAAGUCCAUAGACUCCACGUCCGUAAGUGCAUCGUCGGAAAGAACGGCGUACGCCAUGAUCCAAAAAAGAUCAAGGCGAUCACCGACUGGCCAGUGCCAGUCGAUGUCAAGGGACUAAGGAAGUUCCUUGGGCUAGCGGCGUACUUGCACAAGUACUCGCGCAAUUACGCCGAAAUGACAGUACAUCUUUUUUGUUUACUCAAGAAAAAUGUAAAGUGGAAUUGGAACGCUGAUUGUCAGCGUUCCUUUGAACGUAUCAAGCAAAGCUUGAUGCAAUCGCCAGUGUUGGCGAUUGCCGAUCAAGACAGACCAUUUCAUGUGGUCUGUGACGCCAGUGAUUUUGCAAUCGGCUGCGCACUGAUGCAAUAUGAUACAGACGGCGCCGAGCGUGUCGUCUGUUAUCAAUCGCGGCAGCUGCAACCGGCUGAGCGCAAUUACCCGGUGCAUGACAAGGAACUCCUUGCCAUGAAGUAUGCACUGGCUAAGUUUCGCGUCUAUCUCUUAGGAGAUAGACCGUUCAUUGUAUAUACAGACCAUGCGUCACUACGCACGGCUGUAAAUAGUCCACACCUCUCGCAACGAAUGGCGAGAUGGUUGUCAUUCUUCGCGGAGUACAACUUCUCCGUGGAGUAUAAGCCGGGACGACUUAACGUCGUCGCCGAUGCUCUCUCACGUCGGCCUGACCUAGAGCCGACUGUGCAAUCCGACAGUGAUGUGAACACCACUGUCGCCACGCUGAGUACCAGCGUCUUGUCGUCGAGUUUACUCGACGACAUUAGAAUGGCAUGCGCACAAGAUAAUGAUCUUGUACGCCUGAUGAAGUACCUCAAGGACCCAUCCACGCAAGCUAAGAAGAGCUUGCCUGCCAUGUAUCGAUCUUCUCUAGAUCGAUAUACCCAGCGGGACGGCUUACUGUACUACACAGCCGUCAACAACGACACGCCUCGUGUCGUUGUACCGCCACAACAUGAUCUCAGGUUACGGAUCAUGUUUGAAUGUGACGAUGCACCAAUAAGUGGGCAUCGCGGCCGUGAGAAAACUUACCUCACGGUCAGUCGCGACUUUUACUGGCCACGCCAGUAUAAGUUUGCGCGCAAGUACGUGCGUGCUUGCGAGGUGUGUCAACGAGUGAAGCCUAGUCCUUCACUCCGUGCACCAUUGCAGCCUCUACCUGUUCCGGCAGAGUGCUGGGAGUCCGUAUCAAUGGACUUCGUCUUUGGGUUUCCCAAAGACGCUCACGGGAAUAAUGGUAUUCUCGUGUUUGUAGACAGUUUCAGCAAGAUGGUACAUCUUGUUGCUGUACCUGAGUCGAUCACAGCAGAGGGCUGUGCUCGAGUGUUUAUCGAUACAAUCUUUCGAUAG